UUUGACUCCCGUGUUGUUGUUUGCCGGGCGUGCUGGGGUCGGCGUCCUCGCUCCUAUUUCUCACCUUUUGACGGGAAAUAAUCACCAAAAUGUCGGACAACGAGGACGCGGUGGAGCCCAUGGAGGUCGGGGAGAAUUCGAAUGAGUCGUCCUCGGCGGAGACCUCCUCAAGCAAGGCGGGCGGCGAGUAUGAGAACAAGAUGGAGACGGACCGGUCCAAGCGGUUCGACUACCUCCUCAAGCAGACGGAAAUCUUCUCUCACUUCAUGAUCGGCGCGCGGGACAAGACGCCGUCCUCCCCCCUCAAGUGCAAGCCCGGCCGCCCCAAGAAGAUGGAGAACCGCAAGCCCUCCCUCCUCGGCGAUGACCCAGAGCUGCUCACAAGACUUGAAGUGCCAGUUUUACCGUCCAAUACACCGAAGUUGUUAGUUCCCCAACCAAACACAAAUAACGACGAAAAGGAGUUUGGUGUUGAUGUAAAAAAGAAGAGACGGAUGAAGAAGGUCGUCUCAGCUGCAGACCACCGCCACCGCAUGACAGAGCAGGAGGAGGACGAGGAGCUGCUGGCCGAGUCGAACAAGUCGUCGAAGAUCAUCACGCGCUUUGAGGAGAGUCCGAGCUAUGUCGUCAACGGGGAGAUGCGCGAUUACCAGAUCCGAGGCUUGAACUGGAUGAUUGACCUGUACGAGAAUGGCAUCAACGGCAUCUUGGCGGACGAAAUGGGCCUCGGGAAAACCCUGCAGACCAUCUCACUCUUGGGGUACAUGAAGCACUUCCGCAACAUCCCCGGCCCCCACAUGGUCAUCGUGCCCAAGUCCACCCUCAGGAACUGGGAGAACGAGGUCAAGCGCUGGUGUCCCUCCCUGCGUGCUGUGUGCCUCAUCGGUGACCAGGAGACACGGUCCGUCUUCAUCCGCGAGGUGAUGAUGCCGGGUGAGUGGGACGUCUGCAUCACCUCCUACGAGAUGUGCAUCAGGGAGAAGUCCGUCUUUAAGAAGUUCAACUGGAGGUACAUGGUGAUUGACGAGGCCCACCGCAUCAAGAACGAGAAGAGCAAGCUGUCGGAGAUCGUGAGGGAGUUCCGCACCACCAAUCGUCUCCUGCUCACCGGCACGCCCCUGCAGAACAACCUCCAUGAACUCUGGUCCCUGCUGAAUUUCCUGCUGCCGGAGGUGUUCAGCUCAUCAGAGGACUUUGAUUCCUGGUUCAACACUAACAACUGCCUGGGUGACUCCUCUCUGGUGGAGCGCCUGCACGCUGUCCUGCGCCCCUUCCUGCUGCGCCGCCUCAAGUCCGACGUGGAGAAGCGGCUGCUGCCCAAGAAGGAGACCAAAGUGUACAUCCAGCUCAGCAAGAUGCAACGGGACUGGUACACCAAGAUCCUGAUGAAGGACAUUGACGUGGUGAACGGCGCCGGACGCACGGAGAAGAUGAGGCUGCAGAACAUCCUCAUGCAGCUGCGCAAGUGUUGCAACCACCCGUACCUCUUUGACGGGGCCGAGCCGGGGCCGCCCUACACCACCGACUACCACCUGGUUGAGAACUCCGGCAAGAUGAUCGUGCUGGACAAACUCCUCCCCAAGCUGCAGGAGAUGGGGUCGCGGGUUCUGCUCUUCUCACAGAUGACGCGCAUGCUGGACAUCCUGGAGGACUACUGCGUGUGGCGACGGUACUCCUACUGCCGCAUCGACGGGCAGACGGCGCACGAGGACAGGCAGCGGCAGAUUGAUGAGUACAACAUGCCGGACUCCGAGAAGUUCCUGUUCAUGCUGUCAACACGCGCCGGAGGUCUGGGCAUCAACCUGGCCACGGCGGACAUCGUCAUCCUCUUCGACUCGGACUGGAACCCUCAGAUGGACUUGCAGGCUAUGGACAGGGCGCAUCGUAUUGGCCAGAAGAAGCAGGUGAAGGUGUUCCGGUUCAUCCAGGAGAACUCGAUGGAGGAGAAGCUGGUGGAGAGGGCCGAGGUGAAGCUGAGGCUGGACAAGAUGGUCAUACAGCAAGGCAGGUUGAUGGACAACAAGACCAACGCGCUGGCCAAGGACGAGAUGCUGGCCAUGAUCCGGCACGGCGCCAACGAGGUCUUCAAGGGCAAGGACGAUGAGUUCACCGACGAGGACAUCGACAACAUCAUCGGCAGGGGCGAGGAGAGGACGGAGGAGUUGAACAAGAAGCUGGAGGCGCUGGGUGAGUCCUCCCUCCGCCAGUUCACUCUCGACGUGCCCACCAACUCCGUCUACCAGUUUGAGGGAGAGGACUACCGGAACAAGCAGAAGGCCAUCGUGGGUAUGUGGAUCGAGCCGCCAAAGAGGGAGAGGAAGGCCAACUACGCCGUGGAUGCCUACUUCCGUGAGGCUCUCAGAGUGUCCGAACCCAAGGCGCCCAAGGCCCCACGUCCCCCCAAGCAGCCGGUGGUCCAAGACUUCCAGUUCUUCCCGCCGAGGCUGUUUGAGCUGCUGGACAAGGAGAUCUACUACUACCGCAAGACUGUCAGCUACAAGGUCCCCAAGAACCCUGAGUUUAUGGGUGAGGCGGCGCGGAUCCAGAAGGAGGAGCAGCAGAAGAUUGAUGAAGCGGAGCCGGUGACGGAGGAGGAGAUGGAGGAGCGGGACCAGCUGCUCACCCAGGGCUUCCUCAACUGGUCCAAGCGAGACUUCAACCAGUUCAUCAAGGCCAACGAGAAGUACGGCAGAGACGACAUCGAGAACAUUGCCAAGGAGGUGGAAGGCAAGACCCCCGAGGAGGUGAUGGAGUACUCCGCCGUGUUCUGGGAGCGCUGUUCAGAGCUGCAGGACUGUGACCGCAUCCUGGCGCAGAUUGAGCGCGGCGAGGCAAAGAUACAGCGGCGCGCGUCCAUCAAGAAGGCCCUGGAUGCUAAGAUGGCGCGGUACAGGGCUCCGUUCCACCAGCUCCGCAUCUCCUACGGGACGAACAAGGGCAAGAACUACACCGAGGAGGAGGACCGCUUCCUCGUCUGCAUGCUACACAAACUCGGCUUCGACAAGGAGAACGUCUACGAGGAGCUCCGAGCUGCCGUCCGAUCCGCGCCGCAGUUCCGCUUCGACUGGUUCAUCAAAAGUCGCACCGCCCUCGAGCUCCAGCGACGGUGCAACACUCUCAUCACGCUGAUCGAGAGGGAGAACCAAGAGCUGGAGGAGAAGGAGCGGGCCGAGAGGAAGAAGGGCCGCCCACGAAGCCUCUACAUCAAGUCCGGGAAGAGGGCGGCCGGGGCUCAGGACGGAAGAGGAAGGCGCAAGAAGAAGGCGGAGUAGAUGGAGGAAGAUGAAGAAGGAGAGUGAAGAAGUUAGGUUUAAGUAGAUGAUGGAGUGGAUAGAAGAAGGGAGAGGAGGAGAAUGUUACGCUUGGUUUAAUUAGAAGAUGGAGGAAGAAGAGAACGGAUAAGAAGUAAAGGGAAGAAGAAGAAGGGUGAAGAGAAGGUUAGGUUAGGUUUAAGAUGAUGAUGGAGGAGGAGAAAGAGGAGGAGGAGGAGGAGGAGGUCAGGUUAGGUGUAAGAAAAUGGAGGAGAUAGAAGGGGGAGGAGGAAGAGGCUGAGAAGAUUAGUUUAGUUUUAAUUUGAAGGAGAAGGAGUAAAAGAAGAAAAAAAUGAUGGAGUAGAUGAGAGGAGUGAAAGAAGAAAAAGAUGUAGAUGAAGAAGAAAACUGAAGAAGGAGGAGACUGAAGAGGGGUUAGGUUAGGUUUAAUAAGAAGAAGAGGGUGUAGAUGUAAGUUAUAGAAGAAGAAAAAGAAGAGGGUUAGGUUAAGUUUAAUUUAAUAUGAAUGAUGGAAUGAAAGACUUGAAAACGGGAAAAAUACUACACAAAACGCAGUACAAGGGUGACAAAAACUAGCUAGGUUAAAAUUAAAACGCCAACAAAAGGAAAUGAAACUAAACCAGACGGAAUUAUUUUGUCCGUAAAACGUGGAGUCGUAUGUGUGUAUGUGUUAGUGUUUUAUUUAUUUACUUUUUUAUUUAUGUUUUUGUGUUUGUGGUGAAUGGAAACGGGGACGUGUGUGUUUGUGGAAGGACGGUUUUCUUUUUCUUUGUUUUAUACCUCAAGAAGAAAGGUGAUGAGGUUAGGUUAGGGUUAAGUAGAUGAUGGAGUAGAUGGAAGAAGAAGAAGGAGGAGGAGGAGAAGGCUGAAGACGUGAGGUUAGGUUCAAACAGAAGAUGUAAAAGAUUUAAGAAGAAGGAGGAAUAGGGUGAAGAGAAGGGAAGUUUUGGUGAUUAUGUGUUUUGUGAUUAACCCCUUCACUACGGCCGGUCCAAAACAGCGCCCCGCACCGUAUCCGGGAUCGCCGCGCGCGCCAAAUUUCAAAUGUCGCUAUUGAAUAUAACAAGUUUUCAGCCAUAAACUCAACAUAAUCAUCAUGUAUUAUAUAUGAAAACAUGCAGAAUUAAAUGGUGCACAUAAAGAAACAUAAAUUAAUUGAUAACUUUGAGAUGUAAGCAUAAAUAUAGAGAUAAAAUAACUCAUAUAUUGGCUAAAGCGAGCCAGGACGCAGCAUGCACGUCCUCGGAUAUGGUACGGGGCACGCAAGGACGCAGUAAACGUGUCCUCGUGUUGAAGGGGUUAAGGCCACUUUCCAAACACUCCAUGACCCAAAAGUUGAACAAAGUAGAAAAGUAGAAAUUGUCAACUCUAAAUAAAGAAAAUAUAUAUAAAUGCCGUGUUUUCAAAAAUACAAAAAGGGGAAAAUCCAUUAUAUAAGUAACUGAACAGCAGUGGAAAGGAAUAUUCUCACUUUUUGAAAUAUUCUUAAUGUGUGUUUUUAUCGGCGUCGCAGAUGCUGAUCAACAGAUUGUCCAUCUUCUUAUUGUUCUCUUCAAGUUGUUUUCCUGGCUCACCCGUGCAUUGUAGACAUGACAUUGUAUCAUAACAUUUGGAAGCCCUGAUGAACACUACAACAAAGUCUGCUUUUUUUUAUUUUGAUUUUUUAACGUCCUGGCCUGUGGCGCCGGUAGGCCUUCAUAGUAGGGCCUGAUGGUCGGCCCCAGCCCGUUGUGGCGCAGGCAAGUGUUUAUAGUGGCGCCAUCUUUACCAUUCAUCAUUUUCCAUUUCAGACCCCUAGUUGCAUAAUAUAAAUUGUUGGGGGUGUGUUGGAGGUUCAUGCGACGCCGAUCAAGCACAGUUUUUGUGCUAUGAACACUUGUUUAUGAACUGAAAAAUAAGAAAAGUAAAAGUUUGAAGAAGAAAAUUAAUGUAAUCAAAACAAAUGAUGCUGAAUGUUAUAAUGAUUGAAGGGCAAGGAAUAUAAGAACAUAAGAACUUAAGGAGUCUGCAAGAGGCCGGUUGGUGAGACUAGAGAGUUAGGUAUUUAUUAAAAACAUGAGUGUUAUAAAAGGUAGGUAGAAAAAUAGAAAUAGAAAUGAGUGAAGAAGUAUUAGUAUAAAGUAAAAUAGCUAUCUGUAGAUUUAGCAAAGUGGAAAUAGGAAACAAUAAGAGAGUUGAAGGGAAAUAAUUUGAAAAGUGUGUCGGAAAAAAAUAAGUUUGUCGAUUGAGUGUAAAUAAAAGUGAAAGAAAUGUGAAGAAAGGAAAGUAAUAUUAGUGAACUAGAAAAGAGAAAAUUAAGUGAAAAGAUGAUUAAAUAGUUACAUGAGAAAAGAAAAAAAUGAAAAGAUGAGAAGUUACAAUAGAAAAGAAAAAAUAAAUGAAAUGAAAAAGUUACAUUAGAAAAGAAAAAAAGAAUUGAAAAAAAUAUUAGAAAAAGUUACAUUAGGAAAGAGAAAAAGUGAAAAGAUGACGAUGAAAAGAAGUUAAAUUAGAAGAGAAAAAAAUAAAUGAUAGAUGAUGAGAAAAAGUUACAUUAGAAAAGAAGUGAAAAGAUAAUGAAAAGAGAAGUUACAUUAGAGAAGAAAAAAAAAGGAGUGAAAAGACAUUAAAAGAAGUCACAAUAGAAAAGAAAAAAAAUGAAAAGAUGACGAGAAAAAGUUACAUACAAGUACAAAGGAGAAAAAAAGUAAAAAGAUUGAAAAGAAUGAAGUUACGAUAUCGGGCACAAACAGACAAGUUACCUGCGACUUAACUAAUUAACCGAGGACGAUGGUAAUAAUAAUAAUAGGUGUUUUGUACUGGAAGAUCCCCCUGCCCCCUACCCCUCUCCCCCUCCCUCCCCCCCUCAUUGUAGUAGUAAGUCUCGGCCACUCCCUGAAGGAAAGAAAAAAACAAAAAAACAAUUGACAGACUGACAGGCUGAUGAAAAAAUUUGAUAGAUAAAUGAAUAAAAAUGAAUUAGAAGAUACAAUUUUUUUCUGAUUUCUGUAAAACUAAAAAAAACUACUACUACUACUACUACUACUACUACUACUACUACUACUAUGGCCCAAACUUGUGACUUUUUCAAUGGACCAAAAAAAAAAUAAAAAAAAUGGUAAGCCUGUCCGUCAAAAAGAAAAAGAAAAAAAAGAAUAGCAGGGAAGCAUAAUUUUUCAUCCUUUUUAUAUUUAUUUUUUGUUCCUUUUUUUUUUUAAGGUGGAGAAGGAAGAGGAGGAGGAGGAGGAAGGAAGAUGUCUCCUCUCUUCCACCCUGACAUUCCACAUUUAUGGGUUGGAAUUAUACUUAUUAUUAUUGUCAUUAUUAUUAUUAUCAUUAUUAUCAUUAUUGUUGUUUUUAGUAAUGAGUGUUUAAAUAACGUUCCUGUGUAGAAUGACUGGAAAAUAAUGUACCUUCUUCAUCCUCCUCCUCUUCUUCCCUUCUUCUUUAUCUAUCAUUAUCUUUUUCCUUCUCUUUCUCUUCUAUUUCUUUAUUUAUUCAUCAACUCAUUUCUUUCCUCUCAUUGCUUCAUUUUUUCUACUUUUUUCAUUCAUUCAUUUUCUUUCUCUCUUCCUCUUCUUCCCCUCUUCUUUACCUCUCAUUAUCUUUUCCUUCUCUCUCUCUUCUUUUUCUUUAUUUAUUCUUCAUUUCUCAUUCAUCAACUCAUUCCUUUCCUCCCAUUUCUUCAUUUUUUCUACUUUUUUUCAUUCAUAUUGACUCUUUCCUUUCUUCUUUCUUUUCUCUCUUCCUCUUCCCCCUCCUCUUCUUCCCUUCUUCUUUACCCCUCAUCAUCUUUUUCCUUCUCUUUUCUUUUUCUUUAUUCUUCAUUUCUCAUUCAUCAACUCAUUCCUUUCCUCCCAUUUCUUCAUUUUUUCUACUUUUUUCAUUCAUAUAACUCCCUUCUUCAUUUCCUUUCUCUCCUCCUUCUUCGUCCCUCUCCCUCAUUUCUUCCUUCAUUCUUUGUUUCUCCUUCAUCUUAACUCAUUCCUUUCUCCCUUAUUCCUCUUCUCUCUCCUCCCAUUUCUUCAUUCCUUAUUUAUCAUUCAUCUUAACUCUUUCCUCUCUUUCCUAUUCACUUAUUCCCUCAUUUCUUCCUUCAUUCUUUGUUUCUCAUUCAUUUUUUUUUUCAUUUUUUCUCUCCUCUCCUUUAUCAUCUAUUUAUCAUCCAUUCCCAGUCCUAUUUUCUAUUAUUUUCUAUUCUUUUUUUGCUUUCCUUUCCUUUCCUCGUCUCCAUCCCCUCUUCCUCUUUCUCUCCCUCCUUCCUUCUUCCUCUCUCCCUCUCUCCCUUCCCACUCUAUGUUCCCUCUAAUCCUCUCCCCCUCCCUCUCCUCCCCCUCCAUUUCUUUUAAUUGUAUGUAGUUUUGUAAUAAAAUGAAGUCAAACUUU